AUGGUAUUUUUGCACCUGGAUUUGGCAGAUAUGCUUGCCGUGUCGUUUUACAUAGUCUUUCCUGCUAACAGUGAGGUCUUACACGUGUGUCCCCAGCUGAAAUACGUUAUUUCUGAAAUUACGAGACCGAAUGCCGACGGAGACGGGACAGCGUAUGCCGUCGCCCUAUGUCUCGUCGAGCCGUGGCUGUCAACAUCGACCAUCAGUUUUAGUGGGAACGAGUUUCCACGAACGCAUCAUGUCAUGUCGUGUCGCAUAACCCCGCAGGUGUCGUCGUCGUUCAACGCAACGGCUCUUUUCACCUCAGAGCCGGCGGAUGGUCUGCCAAAUCUGGACUGGUUUUUUCGUCUGGAAAUUCGACUCCCCACCGCACCAACUUCUCCCAUGAACCAACUGUUGUUUUCGUCACUGUUUUCGCUGCCACUGUGCGCGCUUCUACAUGCGGUAUUCGAGUUUAAGGCUAUUCUUUCUAGUCGUUUCUCUGUUGAUGUAAGCAAAGACCGUAUCAAGUUCAUUCGGGAACCGGAGGACGUCAUCGUCGUCAAUGGUUCGUCGGCCAGUUUGGCCUGUCUGGCCGUCAACGAACUUGGCCGGUUCCUGAAAGAGCAAUGGUUACAUAACGGCCGGCUUUUUUCACGUCAGGAACGCCAGCCCGGCCACUUGGUACUGAAAUCUGUAAAUGAGUUGCAUGAAGGAAAGUACCAAUGUCUUGUGCUGUCCGAGAACUACGGGGUUGUACUCAGCAGGCCGGCGAACGUAACCAUAGCC